AUGGCUGCCGCCUCCGCACUCAAGACGGCCGCCGUCGUUGCCAUCUGCAUCGCCAUGUUGCUGGUCCAGACCACCUUGGGGGUGGGGUACCUAACGGCGCAGGCCCCUGCCGGCGGUGGCUUGGCAUGCCCUGAUACCCAGACCACCUGCGGGGCGAAUUGCUUAGUACGCUGUGAGAGCAUGUCGCAGGACAUCUGCAAGGUUGUCUGUACCACCUCGCCGUUUCCGGUGGUGGAUCAAACCUGCGUCGGUAGGUUGUUCAGCGCCUGCGUGAGCAUCUGCAAGACCGCGUGCGAGAACCUCCCGAGCUCCUAA